AUGUCUUCCCUCAAAGAUGCCCUCCACAAGUACAAACAGCGCAUCACCACCACCAUUUCUCCAUCCCCGGCUGCAGACGGCUCGGCUCCGGCGCCCAAGACGGGGCGGACCGGAUGGCUGGAAACUUCUACCCACGACUCUGUUCUCUCGGAUUUCACCCGUUUCCUAGAAAAGGGCAGCCCGAAAGGAGAGUCACCCAUCUUUAACAAGAAGGAACAGAAAACUCUGAAAAAGAUAUUCACUACCCAUGCCAACUUAGAUAAUUCCUGGACCCAACAAUCACUAGAGUCCUAUCUCAUCACGCAGGUUCCUCAAGAUGGAGAUUUCAAGGCUCUCUUGACUACAUCCCUGCCCUCUCUCUGGACCUUGGCCACCUACUUCUCCCACUUCCCGUUCAACGCCGCCGUAUCUACCCCAAUCACCAGCUUGACAUUCCCGGCCUUCACGCGUGCCAUCGCCUUCCUCAGCGGGAGGCACUACCUAAUGUUCACCGCCUGGGGCCAUCAAGACAAUGAUCUCAACCGCACCACAGAUCAGCCAGUCCUCGAGUAUAUCUUCCGGGCACUAGCUACUCCCCGGCAGGCAGAGCAGAAAAUCACCUCGUCCACACAGAGGGAAGACGCCCAGGCAUCGCUGCAACGCGACAUCCUUGACGUUCUGAGCGUGGCCCAACCAUUCAGGGACCGCAACACAAAGGCCCUCAACCGCACUGAGCUGACGCCUGCAGCGGAUAGGCUCUCCCCUCCAGCUCCGCCAGAACUUUCCGAUCUGAGCAUCCCAACCACCAGCGUGCUCGUCCCGCUUCUCGACCUCUCCAUAGCACUUCUCCAGGAAACCAGCGAGUUCGACGCAACCCCCUUCCCCAGGACACUCAAGGCGAAGCUUGAGACUGCUAGGGCGGAGGUACAAGGGGAGGACGAGGUGUCGUCCGACAGCUACGCAAAAUUGCUAGAUAGCGAUGAGUGGGAAGAGAACCACAACAGCGUCUACACUCUAUACGACAGCAUUGCCGUCCUAUUCAACACAUUUCCCAAUCCGGAGAGCUUGAAGACCGGCAAAACGGUCAACUGGGUGUCGGGAGAGGAGGAGCCCUUGUAUCUGGGUUCGUUGCGAAGUCUGGGGUCGACCUGGACGUAG